UAGAACUCCGUUGUUCCCACUUUCCCACUUAUUGUUUUCUCGGUUCGUCAAUAAAGCUUCAACCACUCCAAUCCAUGGGCGAAAGCGAAACUGAGAUUUUAGGGUUACUAUCUUUCCUUUCUUGACUGAAUGAAACCUUCCGAAGAUGCUUAAAUCCGAUACUUCUUCUCUGUUUGUACGGCCACAAAAUUUCUAUGACCAUGUCGGAGGUCGAUGAGAUUCUUACUAAGAAAGUUGCCGACCGAUACCUGAAGCGUGAGCUCCUCGGCGAGGGUACCUAUGGUGUCGUUUACAAGGCCAUUGAUACCAAGACAGGACAGACGGUCGCCAUUAAGAAAAUCCGGCUGGGGAAGUACAAGGAGGGUGUAAAUUUUACUGCUCUUAGGGAAAUUAAACUGCUUAAAGAGCUCAAGGAUCCGAACAUAAUUAAGUUGAUCGAUGCUUUCCCUCAUAAGGGAAAUCUCCACCUUGUGUUUGAGUUUAUGGAGACUGACCUUGAAGCCGUCAUUCGAGAUAGGAAUAUUGUUCUUUCUCCCGCUGACAUCAAGUCUUACAUGCAGAUGACAUUGAAAGGGCUUGCCUAUUGCCACAAGAAAUGGGUUCUGCACAGGGACAUGAAACCAAAUAACUUACUUAUGGGAGCUGACGGGCAGCUUAAGCUAGCUGACUUUGGUUUGGCGCGUAUAUUUGGAAGCCCAGACCGCAAAUUCACCCACCAGGUUUUUGCUCGAUGGUAUAGGGCACCUGAAUUAUUGUUUGGCACUAAGCAAUAUGGGUCUGGGGUGGAUGUUUGGGCUGCGGCUUGUAUAUUUGCUGAACUUCUCCUCCGCCGACCCUUUCUACAGGGCUCAAGUGAUAUGGAUCAAUUAGGAAAGAUCUUUGCAGCUUUUGGGACCCCAAAGGCUUCCCAGUGGUCUGACAUGAUUUACCUUCCAGAUUAUGUAGAAUAUCAAUUUGUUCCUGCUCCUCCAUUGCACUCAUUGUUUCCAAUGGCAAGUGACGAUGCUUUAGAUCUAUUAUCAAAGAUGUUUGCCUAUGACCCAAAAGCAAGAAUAUCUGUUCAGCAUGCAUUGGAGCACAGGUAUUUUUCAUCUAUACCUGCGCCAACGAAACCAGCUCUGCUUCCACGGCCUGUCCGUAAGGGAGACCCUAAGCCAUCAGAUUAUAAUCCACAUGAUGGUCCAAUUGUCUUAUCUCCCCCAAGAAAGUCGAGGAGAGUCAUGGUCCAACGUGAGGGGCUUGAUGGAAUUACAUGUCAAACUGAUAAAGUUGAUGACCAUGCAAAUGAAGCAACUGACGGGAUUUCAGGAAGGAGUGAAACCAUGCCAAUGUCAAUAGAUUUUUCUGUGUUUGGAUCCAGACCUCCUCCCAGACCAACACUGAACAGUGCUGAUAGAACUCAUUUAAAGAGAAAAUUAGAUCUUGAAUUUCCUACGUCAUGAAGGAGGAAUAAUCCAUGCUUGAUUCAUAGUUUGGACUAAGGAUGCAUCAGUUAUUCUAAUGGUUCCCAUUGUGUGUUUUUCUGCGUCUCCAUUGGAAAACUGUGAACCAGUGGUGGAAAUAAGACAGGGUGGAGUAUGUGCUUCUGUGGUGUUGAAUUUGGGUGUUAAAGAAUUACUCUGAUGGUUCAUUUGGAUGCUGUUAUUCUUUUGGAGAGUAGCAAAAAUAUUUGGGGUCAAUUUUUUAAUAAUUCUUUCUGUGAAAAUUGUAUACUAGCACGUUCAGGAUCAAGCUAUUUAGGAUUUUGUUUCCAUUAAUGCCGUAAAUUGAGUUACAAAAAAAGGACAGAAUUCCUGUUUGGAGGUGGGAAUAUCUGCAGUUUCAUAUGUUUUGAGUUGUUGCAUUCUUUUUUGGGGGGACUGGUAAUCCAGAGCUUGGAAUUGUAUUUUGUAAACCUGAUAAACUAUUUUGGCAAAGCUUUUCGGCAUUUAUUGGUUGAGGAACUUA